AUGUAUGUAAAAAUGAUAUUUUUUAUUUCAGUUAAAACUAUUAUAUUUAUGUAUUUCAUUUGGAUGUAUUCAUAUUUCUGUAAUAAGUAUAACUUUGAUAAAAUAUUAGAUAUAAAAAAUAUUGAGAAUAUAGCACUAUAUGCAAGAAAUUAUAGAUUAUUAUCUAAAUUUAAGAAAAAAAAGAAAAAAGUAUCAUUAGCACAUAACUUACGUAGAAAUGGAUAUUACUAUAUGAGAAAUAAAGAAAGUAAUUGUGAAAUAGAAAAUUAUGAUAACAAUUGUAAAACAGAAUACUAUGAAAAAUUUAAAUCUAAAAAUAAAAGUAAUUCAAGAGUUGAGGCAACAAAAUUAUUGAAGAAGAAAAUAUGCGUAUUAUGUAAACCAUUUGUUAAAUUAGAUAAUAUGUUCGAAAAGUUAAUUUAUGGAGGAUUUGCUGCUAUAUAUAAAUACAGAAAAUGUACAGAUUCUAUACAGAAAAAGAGUUUAAAAUGUUCAGCUUGUAAGAGUGCGGUUUUAACUUUUGCUGUACCGUCAAUAUGUUUUUUUACAGUACUUUCAUUACUUUUGUUAGUUUGUCCUCCGCUAGGUAAACUAGUAUUGGGGGAAAAUAGUCAAUAUUUUCAUGACUUUAUGACAAAAUGUGGAAUCCAAGCUUUUUUAUUGUCGUUAUUUAUAUUAAGUAUCACUGUGGUAAUUUAUAUACUGGUAAAAUUUAUAAAUUAUGUAAUAGAAAUAGGAGAUGAAAUAGAAAACUAA